AUGUCCAGCAACGAAGCCGCCAACCCAGACCCCAGUGUCGUCCCUCAGAACCCUGCCGAGGCGAUGGGUGAUGUUGAACCUGUCAAGCCGGGACAGUCUCCCGCAUUGAGCAAGGUCCCGAGCGAAGUCAAAACUACCAUCUCAAAAGCUGACGAGAUCUUAAUACGUCUCAGCAAAUUGAUCAAGACGACCGCGGGCUUGGGCGCAGCUCUCUCGACCUUGAACUAUGCCAUCUACCUUGCGGCCUACCUGCAUGCGAACGCGCCGACACGCGCUGCGCUCAUCACAUAUAUAUCCCGGCUCAUUGGUCGCACACCCCAAAAGCUCCCAGCCGGUGUCCUCACGCCCACCGCACCUACCUCAUUCCUGACACCACUAGGAGCCCUGAUCUCAGAUACUCGCACCUCGCUGCGCCUGACAGGCCUCAUUCCAUUAUACAUAUGGCUGAAAACACUCCUUUCCAACAGGUCGUCCAAGAAUAUGGAUCCGGCGCUUCACCGGAUUGCGCUGGUGCAGUGUGCCGGCUACCUUGGGUUUCAAGCCAUGGAGAACGUCUACCACCUGGCAGGCAAGGGCGUCGUGCCGAUGACGGUCCUCGAGAAGCGUGGAGGUGUGGCUAAAUGGGUUGCCUGGAGCUGUCGCGCGUGGACCGUGGGCGUGGCAAGCGACUAUCUUCGCCUCUGGCGCGAGGCCGAGAUCAACAAGGAGAAGAGACAAACCCAGUCGGCAAAGGAGCAAGAAGAUUUCGACCGCAAAUGGUGGAACGAGUUCAUGGUGGCGACAUACUGGAUGCCAGUUGCGAUCCACUAUAGUCUGUAUCCCGCUGGCAUUCCAGGCAUGAACACUGGCUUGGUCGGUUUCUUCGGUCUGAUGGCUGGGCUGAACAACUUCAGGAAUCAGUGGGCUGCCACUGCCUGA